AUGUUUGAAUAGGAGUAUUAUAAGAGAAUUAUUGACAGAUAAACUACUCCCAAUAGAUGCAAUAUAAACACCUCCAAACCUUGGUUUCCACAAUUGAAACACAGAUUGGCUCUAAAAGAUUACGAUUACAAAUUUUUUGUGCUGCCUCCAAAUAAAAUGGUGUCCCUAUUAAAGAAAUAGAAGAUCAUUGUACCAUCGGAUGAGUAGAUUAGAGAAUUCUUGAGAAAUCACUCACUUAAACACAUAGUACAGUAUGAUGCUGGAGACUUUAAGAAUGUUGAGAAGAUUUGUGCAUCAAAUAGUCCUUCUCCAUUGAUGGUAAAUAAGAAGAAUAGAAAACUAUUUAUGUAACAAAAUCCAAAUACAAAUUACAAAUUGAUUGAAUCAAAAUCGUAGACAACACAGAAGUAAUUUGAUAGACAUUCCUCAGUGCAACAUAGUAGAAUGAGAGAACUGAAAUCAUAGCAAAAUAGAAAUUAGACCAAAUAGAGAAAACAUGGAGAUGGAAGUAAAAGGAGCAAAAAGGAAAUUGAAGAUUCAUGA